GUCAGCAGCGUACAUUCAAUGAAUGCCAUGUGUUUUGCGUCGAAGAAUUGAUAUAUUAUUUUUUGUGUUAUAAUUUUAAAUUAAAAUGAAUAAACACAAAUUUCGAGUACAUCACGUUAACUUUUUUCAACCUGAUCCAAAAUCAAUUCAUUGUCUUGCUUUCGAAUACAACACAAAGAAACUUGCUGUUGCAAGGUCAGAUUUUUCGAUAGAGAUAUGGAACCUUUCCAAUACUCAUUUCCAAGAGAGUGUGAUACCAGGUGACCCAGGCUGCUCAGUAGAAGCUGUGGUGUGGUGUAAAGGUAGACUUUUUUCCUGCGGACUUCAGGGUUAUAUUACUGAAUACGACCUCUUACGGCUUGUCCCAAAAUACUCUGUUCCAGUCACAUCAGGACCAGCAUGGUGUCAGGGUUUCAAUGAUAGGAAGUCACUACUUGCUGUAAGUAUAGGCAUUCUUCAUUUCAAUCCUGUACAGAGUCAAAUUGGUCAAAAUUGGCGUAUUCUUUGUCUGGCAUGGCAUGAGUCAGGAGAUGUUUUGGUUACUGGAUCUAUAGAUGCAAUUAGAAUUUGGAAUGUACAGACUGGUCAUGCUAAAGAUAGAAUACUUGUAGGAAGACUUGAACGUAACACAGAGACAAUCGUUUGGUGUUUGGCAGUGACCAGGUGUGUGGAUACAUACCUGGUCCUUAGUAAAUAUCCACCAAAGAUAUGUCUCAAGUAUCCUCCAUUUCUUCAAUCUCAGCUUUCCCAUAUAGCUCAUGCAGCCAGAUGCAUACUCCUUCAAUAUUCACGUAGACUGGAGCUUUGGAGGCUAGGUGACACAACAGGAGAAAAUGGAGAAGAUGGGGAUGUGCUUCCAUUAUCAUCAAAAGUGAAGAAACUAAUUGAGAUAAAGAUAAAAGAAAGUGACAUUCUUGUUUGCUCUGCGAUAUCAUCGGCUGCUGAAUGGUUAGCGUAUUCUACAACUGAACAAUUAAGACUCUUCAGAAUAUGUUUAGAGGAACCCAAUUCUCCAUCUUUAAAGAAAAUCCAUUCUUUGCCCAAUAUAUGUCUGCCAGCCCAUCGAAUAGUAUUUGGUCCAAAUGGAGAUAUUUUGGUGGUCGCAACCCAAGAAGGGUCUCUACAAGUUCUGGAACUUCACCAUACUGAAUCUAUCACAUGUCACUCCAUACCUAUAGCCAAAGAACAUAAUUCGUCACUAAUACACAUCAUGACUAUUACCACAAGUGGACGCCAUCUAGUGACAGCAAAUAUUGCUGGUUAUAUAAAUGUAUAUGAUCUUAAGGAAUAUGAGUUUCUGUACUCCCUCCCUCACUAUGUCUGUCCACCCACUGCUCUAGGAGUGAACUCACUAACCAAGAGUGUCGUAGCACUUUACAGUGACCAGAGGUUGGUGGAGUACAGCCUGGAGAAACAGGAGUACACAGCCUGGACACGACAAAUACAGAAAGGUCGAGUGUCAUUAGGACUUCCACGUUAUUCUCCCAUCAGAGAAGUAUCCUUUGAUCCUAACGACAAAAAUCUCAUCAUCCUUCAUGAUGACAGUUCAAUCUUUGUGUUGGACAAAUUAUAUAUGCCAGUUGAAAGACACACAAAACAAUCACGUUCUGUACAAGAAAAGAAUGUCAACCACCAGGUGUCACCAGAGGUGAAGGGAAAUGUCCAUAAGUUUGUACGUAAAUGCACAAAAUAUAAGCACUUGUUAUCGUUCACCAACUUGGAAAAUGAUGAAUUUGUUGCUGUUGAGAUAACACCUUCUCAGAUCUUAGACAAGCUUCCUCCACUGCUUAAACAGAAAAAGUUUGGAACCUGAGUUCAAUAAAAUCAAAUAUUAUUAGAGAUGAGUGUUUGUAUUUUCCAUCUAUUGUAAAAUUAAAUAUUUAUAACGUUUUA